CAGAGUGAAUGCCGAGAGAAAAGGCACAAAACCCUAUUGAGAGCUCUCAGCCGCUACCGUCACAUGGGCGAACUGGCUCUCCAACUAUUUAAGCAGGAACACCUUCUCUCCAGCACCAUUCUGCCAUCCAGCCUUGGGUACAGAUCCUGGUACGAGACUGAGAUAGAGACACUUUUGCGACGUUAGGUGAAGAAACACUGGGCUGCCAAGAUGCCGAGAUCGUUUCUUGUGGACUCCUUGAUUUUGAGGGAGAGCAGCGACAAAGGAACCGAGAACAGGCCGCCGUGGUUUCCUUACGCAGUGCACCCGUCGCAUGCUCUCCACGGCCUCUCCGCCGGCUCCUGCCACUCGCGAAAAGCGGGCUUGCUGUGCUUCUGCCCGCUGUGCGUCGCGUCUCAGCUGCACCCGUCGCCUCCAGCGCUGCCGCUCAUCAAGGCUUCCUUUCCUGCCUUCGGCUCCCAGUACUGUCACGCGGCGCUCUCCAGACAGCACUCCACUUCUAGCGGUGUGAACCUCAACAGCGGCUCGGGCUUAUACCAAGCCACAUAUCCAGUUCCAGAUCCACGACAGUUCCACUGCAUAUCCAUAGAGAACAGCAGCAGUCAACUUCAGAGCAGCAAGCGCAUGCGCACUGCGUUCACCAGCACGCAACUCCUGGAGCUGGAAAGGGAGUUCACCUCCAACAUGUACCUUUCGAGACUCCGGCGCAUAGAGAUCGCGACUUACCUCAAUCUGUCCGAGAAGCAAGUCAAGAUCUGGUUCCAGAACCGCCGCGUAAAGCACAAAAAAGAAGGCAAAAGCGGCUCCCACAGGACGGGCUCGCACAACUGCAAGUGCUCGUCGUCCCUGUCCUCCACCCGGUGCUCCGAGGAAGAAGAUGACCUUCCCAUGUCACCCCCGACAUCAGAAAAAGAGGACGCAGAUCUGUCCGUUAGCCCGUGAGCUCCAGCGCAUUGCUCAUGACCUCCACCUCAAAAGACUCUGUAGGCCACACACAUGUGGAACCGUGAAUGCAGCCAAAAGCCACGGCAUCUGCGUGCGCCGUCACCUGUAAAUAGCGAGAGAGAGAGAAAGAGAGAAAACACUUUAUAUAUGAUCGGGGUCUGCGUAUCCCUUUAAUGUUGUAUAUUUGUAUACGUGUUCUAUGUUUGUAGUUUUUUAUUCUUCUGAAAACAACUUAAGCCCAUAGUUCCGCAUCCAAAUGCAUUUCCCGUCACCAAAAGUUUUUAAAAUCUGUGUUAUCAACACGGUCCAAAAUUAAUUUGUACUUUGAUUUUAAUCUUUUUUUUUAAGAGAUUGAGUUGUUUUGUUUGUGUGGAUGGUGAGCAUACAGGGUAGCUUUAAGCACAUUUUGGGGACGGAAUGGAAAUAUGGGAUGCGUUCUAUGUAUACUUCACUUCAAUG